AUGAAAGUAGUUAUUGUCUCAAUUCUUGUUCUUCUUGUUUUGGUUUCAUAUGCAAAAGCAACGACACAAAAUGUUGAAACCUUCCUUCCAUGCCUUCGCUUUCGGACCAAUCCAGAGCAUCCGAUCUAUACUCCCGAUAACCCCACCUUUGUGUCGACUUACCUGUCCUACACGAAAAACAAAAGGUGUUCAAACCCUAACAACACAAAUCUACUAGCCAUUGUUGCUGCAACACAUGAAUCACAUGUUCAGGCAACCCUGGUCUGCGCAAAGAUUAAUGGAAUCCAGAUCCGAAUCAGAAGCGGCGGUCACGACUACGAAGGUCUUUCUUACAUCUCAUCUGUGCCGUUUGUUAUUCUCGAUAUGAAUAAUCUCCGGUCUAUUACCGUUGACGUGCCCAACAAGAAAGCUUGGGUUGAAGCUGGUGCGACCUUGGGAGAGCUCUACACAAAAAUCUCCGAAGCGAGCAAAACGCUAGCGUUUCCGGGUGGCACAUGCCCUACAUUGGGAGCCGGAGGACACAUUGCCGGCGGAGGAUACGGAAAUCUGAUUCGAAAGUACGGAAUCUCGGUCGAUCAUGUUGUUGAUGCUAAGUUAGUUGAUGUCAAUGGCAAUAUCUUGGAUCGAUCCUCCAUGGGAGAAGAUCUGUUUUGGGCGAUUCGUGGCGGUGGCGGUGCCAGCUUUGGUGUUAUCCUUUCUUGGAAAAUCAAUCUCGUCGAGGUCCCGGAGAUCUUGACAGUGUUUAAAGUUAACAAAACACUAGAGCAAGGAGCCACUGAUGUUCUGUACAACUGGCAGCUUGUCUCUAGCAAAUUGCCUCCAGAGCUUUUCUUGAGAGCAAUGCCUCAAAUCACGAAAGGAGCUAAAUCUGGCGAGAAAACUAUCGCGGUUAAGUUCUACGCUCAGUUCUUAGGCUCAGCAGAAACACUAAUGGAGAUUAUAAACAAGAAAUUGCCUGGUUUAGGGCUAAAACAUGAAGAUUGCCACGAGAUGAGCUGGAUCAAUACGACGUUGUUUUGGGGGAAUUUUCCGAUUGGAACACCGGCGAGCGUUCUUCUUGACAGGCCAACGGGUCCGCCAGGAGCAUUCUCCAAGGGAAAAUCCGACUACGUAAAAAAAACGAUCCCAAAAGAAGGGAUGGAGAAGCUUUGGAAAACAAUGUUGAAAUUCAACAAUUUGUGGAUGCAAUGGAACCCUUAUGGUGGAGUGAUGGACGAGAUCCCUUCGGAUGCAACCGCAUUUCCUCACAGGAAAGGAAACUUGUUCAAGAUUCAGUAUUUUGCGUUAUGGACCGACGCAAACGCCACCAGCCUUAACCUCGGUUUGAUGAAAGAGCUUUACGAGGUGGCGGAGCCGUACGUGUCAAGCAACCCGAGAGAGGCGUUUUUGAAUUACAGAGACAACGAUGUUGGAAGCAAUCCGAGUGGAGAGACGAGUGUUGAAGAAGCUAAGAUCUAUGGAACCAAGUAUUUCUUAGGGAAUCUGGAGAGAUUGAUGGAUGUUAAGGCUAAGUAUGAUCCUGAGAAUUUCUUCAGGUACGAGCAGAGUAUACCUCCUGUUCUUGCAAUGUAA